UUUUACCUUUACGCACCUCCCCGAGGCUGAAUGUGCAGGCAUCUGUGAUUGUGGAUGUACACUGAACACUGAGGAAGAAGUGAUCUGCAGAUUUUUAAGGACUGAAGAGACCGUUCCGAGGGGGAUAAAAGACUUUUUUGGAGGUUCUGACUGGAUUUACUAAUGCAUGAGCCAUGACUUUGUUAUUCUUUUCACUGACGCGGAUGGCUGUGUAGUAGCUCUCCACGAAUUUAAUUUUAAUCCAGAGCAACAUUCAAAACAACUGUGCCAACAAAAUGCAGAAGCAAGUGGAAGUCAGAAUGGGUGAGCCCCACCUGGAGCCCAUCGUGGACCCUCCUGAGAGCACAUGUAGCUCUCUGUGUGAUAAAAUCAUGAAGAACAUGGUUCUCACUCUCACAAUCCUCGGUGUGUUUCUGGGUUCCAUUGCUGGAAUGCUGCUGCGGCACAUAUCGCCUCUCCCUCCUGAUGUCAUUAUGAUCAUCGCCUUCCCCGGAGAGAUCCUAAUGAGGAUGCUGAAGAUGCUUAUUCUGCCUCUUGUUGUUUCCAGUCUGGUCACAGGACUAGCCGGCUUGGAUGCCAAAUCCAGUGGACGCUUAGGCACCAGGGCCAUGGUGUACUACAUGUCGACGACGGUGAUCGCAGCUGUCCUGGGUGUGAUCCUGGUGCUGCUCAUCCAUCCCGGUAACCCCAAGCUGAGAGCUAAUCUCGGACAGGGAAAGAAGAACGACGACGUGUCCAGCGUGGACGCAUUCUUCGAUCUCAUCCGAAACCUUUUCCCAGAGAACUUGGUGCAGGCCUGCUUUCAGCAGAUCCAAACAGUAACCACUAAAGUACCAGUGCCCACUAACAGAACCAAAGCACAUCCACAUUUCACAGUUAAAAGGUCGCUGCAGUUCAAGAGUGGGAUGAAUGUCCUGGGUUUGAUUGGAUUCUUCGUCGCUUUUGGAGUCAUUAUGGGGAAAAUGGGAGAAAAGGCCAAGCUGAUGCUGGAGUUUUUCAACGUCCUGAAUGAGAUUGUUAUGAGGCUUGUUGGUGCAAUUAUGUGGUACUCCCCUAUUGGUAUUGCAUGCCUCAUUUGUGGAAAGAUCAUCUCCAUCGCUGACUUGGAGGUGGUUGCGCGGCAGCUGGGGAUGUACAUGGUCACUGUGAUAGUGGGUCUCAUCAUCCACGGAGGCAUCUUUCUUCCGCUGAUAUAUUUUGUGAUAGUCAGACAAAAUCCCUUCACAUUCUUCAUGGGAGUUUUCCAAGCUUGGGUCACGGCGCUUGGAACAGCAUCCAGUGCCGGGACUUUGCCUGUCACGUUCCGAUGCUUAGAGGAAAACCUGGGCAUUGACAAGAGAGUAACACGCUUUGUCCUCCCAGUGGGCGCCACCAUCAACAUGGACGGCACAGCGCUUUAUGAGGCUGUGGCUGCCAUCUUCAUCGCUCAGAUGAAUGGAAUUGUCCUGGACUGGGGCCAGAUUGUUACUGUCAGUAUGACAGCCACCCUGGCCAGCGUUGGAGCAGCCAGUAUCCCCAGUGCUGGACUUGUGACCAUGCUUCUGAUCCUCACAGCGGUGGGUCUGCCCACUCAGGACAUCAGCCUCCUGGUCGCUGUCGACUGGCUGCUGGAUCGUUUCCGUACCUCAGUGAAUGUGGUCGGGGACUCCUAUGGAGCGGGUAUCGUCUACCACCUCUCCAAAGACGAGCUGGACUCCUACGACCAACAGGCCCGGAUGGAGGACUUUGACAUGGCAAAGACACAAUCCUUCUAUGAAAAUAACACCAACCAGAAUGUAUACGCUCACCACAACUCAAUCUUGAUAGACGACUGCAAGGUCACCAUGGGCAAAAAUGGCAAGACUGCAGAGUUCUCUCUUGUUGAGGAGGGACCAUGGAAAUGCGAGUAAAGCAGAUCCAGAUGCUGCUGCGCCUUACCCUGAGUUCCAACAGCUUUUACUUUCUGCUGACACAACUGUAAAUAUCAACCAAAAAAAAAAUCACAAAAGAAGAAAAAAAAGUGAACGUUAGCAGAGUCAACUGUACUACAAGAAUGAACUGUCGGCCAGUCUUUUUUAUCUCAGCUACCCAUCCGGGUGGCCACUGGAGCAAAACUACAGAUGAACUCUUAUUAGAUCUUGCAUUUGCACUAAGUAGACACAAACUGUUAUGAACUGGUGCAUUUCAUGCACUUUGUAGGGAAGAAUAAAUCAUUCGGUUGACAACACUCAGGGCCUUACUUGGUGUUGCUGCAAGCUUCCUGUUCUGUCAACGAAAGAAUUCAUCAACCUUGUGCAACAUCUCAUUUUUCUUUUAUAUUGAAGCAUUUUCUUUGUAGCUUAAAGGGCAGAGAGAUGAUACGUGGAUGAUUGUUUUUGCCAGUUACAUUUAACACAAGGACCAUGUAAGAGAAGCUGGCGUAAAGGACUCAGAACAAAUGUUACAGAUCAGACGUCAUUACUGAAUGGCUGGUAUUAUCAGUGUGUAUUUGUGUAUUCCGAGAUGCUCUGUACUCUUCUGACAUGUCCAUUAACACCGGAGCAGAGGUUUAAAAUAAUGCAAGCUGUGUCUAUGAAAACAGAUCAUGAACUGAAGGAUACAGUGCUUUGUGUGGCAUUAUGAUGUAAGUGAUGGUUAAACACUCCGUUACCUUUGACUGUUUGACUUAUGGGAUUACAUCCUGAUGUCACACACACAUGGACAAGCCUAAGAAGCACAGCUUAGGACUUAGAGCAUAAGAGCAGAGGGUGUGUCCUCUAAAUGUGGCAAUAAACAGUACAGGAUGUGUUGUGGAAAGCUGUAAAGCACACCGCAGAGCAUGUGAAGGGUGCCCUCGCAUUUAUUUAUUUAUUUAUUUUUGUAUGUAUGUUCUUUAUGAGCGAAGCACUGAGUUUCUGUCUGUAGUCAAAAAAUAUGCCUGUGUACUGCAAUGUCUGUGUGUUCAUGUGUGUCUCUGAGAGCAGAGAGAGAUUAACAAGAAAGGAAAGUUGGAGGUUCAACAUGAGAAAAAGGUGCGAGUGUCUCUCAAACUCUCAGCAGGCCAGUGCAUUGCUCUGUGUUUUAUUUCAAACUGUUAAUUUCUUUGCUAUAUGACAACCUUGCCUUGACUACGUCAACUGCAGAGUGCACUCAGUGUGAUGACAUUUCUGGAUAUAAGUUACCACUAUUCAUUUGAGUAGAAUAUUGUGAUUCUUUAGUAGAAGUAAAGCUCCUCCAGUUCCCCCAGCUUUACUGCACUCAGAGCGAGGGCGGCUGGGCCUUCCUCACAAGCUAUCACUUAGAUUUUGCACUAUACAGCAUUUCUUAAAAAUGUGAAUAACUGGCUUGUAAUAACAUGUAAAGUUAACUGGCUGUGAUCGCGUCUGUUUAGCAAAUACACAUGAAAUUCUGCCUCCAGCGCCCGCGUAAAUCUGAAGCCGUAACAACAAGGUCAUUGGAUGUCGGCUGCAUGUGUACAUGUUUUUGAGUUUAACUCCUUGUAGCAUCUCUGUUCAAACAAAGGUAAAAACGGGAUUAUUUAUUUCUCUUUUCAUAUAAGCGAUGGCUUAUAUAAUCAUGUUUAAAGUGCCUCCUUGCACUUUGUGUAUAUACUCUCUUUAGUGUAUAAAUCAAAUGUAUAUAGAAUUUGACAUUUUAUGUCAUCUAUCAGAACUGUUUUUGCUAUGCUAAAAGUUUCUAUAAGACUAUAACUAUAUAUAUGUUACACUCUUAGUGCAAUGUAAAAGGUCCAGUGUGUGAGCUUUAGGGGGAGUUAGUGGCAUCUAGUGGUGAGGAUUGCAGAUUGCAGCUAGUUGAAACUUUUUCCUGCUAGAAUUCCUUCAGUGUUCAUUGUUCAGGUGGUCUUUAAUAGGAGCCGAAUUAUCUGCAGAGGUCUCUUACUCUCC